AAAUGGAAAGUAGCUAGUCCAUACAAAUAUAUCUAUUGGUUAUAUUUGUAUAUGCUAGUAUUUCUAGUGUAUAUUAUCUAUCCAAGUGAGUUUCUGUUGAAGCAAGAUAAUCUCUUUGUUCGAGUUCUGGGAAUAUAAUCGUCUUUGUAAAGAGAGAGUGAAAUUUUUUGGCGCAAAUUUGGAAUCCAAGACGGUUACAGGAGAUGGGAACUAAAAAAAUAUAUACUCUAUUUCGUACCAGUUUAUGCGACAACAUUUCCUUUUUAGUUCAUUCCAAAAUGAAUGACAAUUUUCUAAAUUUGCAGAUCUGGCCCUCUUCUUUAUGUUUACUUACAUAUUAAUUCAAUUUUCCUUUCCUAUUGGAAAACAAAAAUAAGAAUCACUUCAACAGAAUAAAUAAUAAAUAAAAUAAAGGAUAUAUGAGUUUCUCCAAAAUAAAUAAGUGCCAAAUAUUAUGGACAGAGGGAGUAUAUAAUUUAUUUACAUAUUUAUUUUCCUUAAAUUUCCUUAUAUAUCCAACAGGCUCAAGGUAAUGACAUAUUUUUUUCAAAUAUAUUGAGGUGUGAAUUUAAAAGAGAAAAAAGAACACUUAUUGACAGUUUGACACUUAGUAUUUAAAUUACUUAAUUUGAUGCAAACACUAAAUGCGGGUUCCCAGUGAAUCUGAGUACCUAUGGAUUACCUAAACAGACAAAUAAAUCAACAAACUGUCAUAAAACCAAAAUUAUGAUCUGAAAACCUUCCUAGAGGAAAGAAAAUUAAUUUCUUUUAUCUUGCCUAUCUGAUUAUCUUCCUCUAGUGGGGUUUUUCUAUUUUCAUUGAUUCUCUUUAUCAACAAAAUUCAUAUAUCUUUGAAUCCUUUAGUUAAAAAAUUUAUCCCUUAAUAAAUAAUCCUCUUUGUAUCUUGUAAAUUCUGCAAUUUUCAUCUUCACUUUAUGUUUUGCUUGUUGAAUUUCCAGUAUAUAUAUGAGGGUCAUUUCUUGAAGAAAAAAAAUAUAUAUAUGAGAUCUCAAAUAUUUUCUUUCAACUCUUUGGUUUUUAUAUCUAAUGUAAAUGUAAAUAAUUAAAAAUUUCUUGGUUGAUGUGCACUAAGUUGAUCAAAAUCAAAACAUGGAUUACUAUGAUCAAUGAUAAAAAAUUGAAUAUUUGAAGCAUUAAGUGCAAUUAGAUCCAUCUUUUUUAGGGUAUUCAUAUAUUACUAUUAUCAAUUAGCCUGUAGCGAAACAAGGAAUUUUGUUAAGGACGUUAUUCGACCUAUAUACACAGUAUAAUUUUCCGACUAAGGGUGUUUAGCUGACUACGGUCUAUCAGAUAAAUUUUGGAUUCUUGUUUGUGUCUCUUAUUAUAGGCACAAACAAGAUUGUCUUUUUUUUUUUUUCCUUGUUUGUUAUUUUUGAUGGCUGAAAUUGGCAAGGCAAUGUCCCGAUUCGACGUUAAAUCGUUACAAGAAACGCUUUGUGUUCAAGAACAACUUAUAGAGAAGCUUUAUAAUGAGAUAGAUGAAGAAAGUGAAGCCUCAGCUAGUGCUGCUAGUGAAGCGUUGUCGAUGAUUUUACGUCUACAAAGCGAAAAGGCUGCAGAAGAAAUGGAAGCAGAACAGUAUAAAAGAUUUGUACAAGAAAAAAUGAGUCAUGCUGAAGAAUCAUUGUCAAUUUUACAAGAACUUAUUAAUCAAAAAGAGAUGGAGAAAUUUGCAUUGGAUUAUCAAGCCAAUGCUUACCGAUAUAAGCUUCUAAGUAUGGGCUAUGAUGAUGAUAUUGAAGCUAGUGAUAUCGAAUUUCUCGAGAAUUUAGAUGAAGAAUUGAAAGUUCAGUCUAUUGGGAGGUGUAAAUCCGACCCGAAUAUCACACAGAAAUAUGCAAACAUGAAAAAGCGCGUUGUUGAUAGAGACGAAAAUAUCAGUCCACAACGCGAUUUGAAUGAUAUAAAUUCAUACUGUGAACAGAUUGAAAAGUUGGAAGAAAGAGUGAAACAGAUUGCUGGUGCUAACUAUGCGAAGUUGUCUAGUUUACCAGCUUCUAAAAGAAGCUCUUGUAACAAUUUCUUGGAGCAGUUUAAAGAAACACUCGUUCAGCAUCGAGGGAAUAAAACAGAUAAAGAAGCUGCUGUUAGUCGUUCUGCUUCUCCUCCUCCGAAUGUUCUUGAUGUCUUUGAAGUCCCUCGAGCAAUUGAAGACAAAGAAUUUGUCCCGAAAGAGGCUGUAAAACAACUUGUUAAAGAUGAAACUGAUUGCCAUAAGAAAUAUUUAGUACCUAUGCAGCAUGAGAACAAGUCACAUUCGAAAAUUCAUUCUACAACUAAUGCUGCAGAAACAGCAGAUAUUCGUCGUGUCAAAAGGACAACAUUUGAGAUACCUGAAGUUGAGAGACAAAGUACAAGGAAAGAACCCGACAGGCACGAAGAGCUAACAUUGUUACAUGACAUUAAGAAGCAACUAAAUUUAGUACCUAUGCAGCAUGAGAACAAGUCACAUUUGGAAAUUUGUCCUACAACUAGUUCUUCAGAAACAGCAGAGACUCGUCGUGUCAAUAGAACGCUUGAGAUAGCUGAAGUCGAGAGACAAAGUACGAGGCAAGAAUUCGACAGACAUGACGAGCUAAUGUUGUUACAUGAUAUUAAAGAGCAACUAAAUUUAGUACCUAUACAGCAUGAGAACAAGUUACAUGGAGUAGGUGAAGCUGCAUCCCCUACAACUAGUGCUUCAGAUACAGCAGAGAUUCGUAGUGUCAACAGGACGACAUUUGAGGUAGCUGAAGUAGAGAGACAAGGUAUGAGGCAAGAACUGGACACACACGAAGAGCUAACAUUGCUACGUGAAAUAAAGGAACAACUAAAUUUGAUUCAAUCUGACAUUAAAAGUUGGAAAAAUAACAAGUCAUCUCCAAGAAAUGAGCCAUCUGUAGUUUCUCUAACAGAGGUGAUGGUUUGCUUUUGGCUCUGAUCAAAAAGCUAUAAGAUUCAACAUGCUGAGUUAGUGCUUAUUAACUAUGUGUUUAGGCUGAAUUAGUGCUUAUUCAAAAAUAUCAACGGGUGUGUGUCAAAUCCUCCAAAAGUAGUGUAUUUUUGGAGGAUCCGACACGGGUGUUGCAUCAUUUUUGGAGAGUCCGAGCAACAUAGCUUAUUAUGCCUUUUUGAGUUGUGUAACAGCACUGCUGGAUUUUUACAAGAACAGUCGCGAAGGGAUGAUUCGAGUAUAAAGAUGAUCAUCAGUGGCUGUAAAUUUUUUAUAUUUCAUGAAUCUGCAAAUAUAUACCAUAUCAACCAAGAAGAGAGCUGCUUUUAUUCUGUUAUCAGGUUCUCUACAGUUUUGUAUUAUUAUUGAAAUUCUUACUGGCAAUGACUGUACAGAAGUAUGUUUUGUAUACUAAUGGCUAAUUUAUCUGCUACUUUUAUGUCAUUCAUGAUGGGUCCAUUGAUUCUGCACUCACAAUUGUGUUUCCUUAGACUAAUGUAUUACUAGUGUUUAUAGUAAAACACUUCUCCUUUCAUUUUAAAUUAUGAUGGGAAGUCUUAACGGUCUUUUUUUUUCA